AGGACAAAUUGUAAACAUGGCGGCCGCUGUGGGCAGAAUGUUGUCCUUCAGUAGGAGAGCGAUUCUUGCCCCUCUGAAAUUCACUGCUGUUCCAGUUCACCACUACAGCUUGCAAGUGUCCAGUACCGGUGAAGUUAUCACACACACAGGCCAAGUGUUUGACGAGAAGGAUCCAAGGAGGGCCAGAUUCGUGGGGAAACAGAAAGAGGUCAACAAAAACUUUGCCAUCGAGUUGGUGGCAGAAGAGCCAGUGACAGAACUUCAUGCACGAGUUGUGUCCUGUGAUGGGGGUGGUGGAGCGCUCGGCCAUCCAAAAGUCUACAUCAACCUGGAUAAAGAUACAAAAGUGGGAACGUGCGGCUACUGCGGGCUGCAGUUCAAGCAAAAGCACCAUCAUUGAGAACAACCUUUAACGUCUGCAUUUCUGUGUAUACAUUACUUACUGGCUAAAUAAAUUUAAACU